AUGCUAGCGACCUCUCCGUCGCCUUCUCUCGCAGCGUGCCAUCACGACCCUGCAGCCUUCUCCCCGCGGCAUGCGGCGCAGUAUGAGCAAUCUUCCUAUGCUGCAAAGUCUGCCUCUGCCUCUGCCUCGUCUCGAAAGCCCCGUCUCACCCCUCCCGAGACCUCCUACAAGCCUCGUCGGUACGCCAGCUCGAGAUCUCUUGACAAUUACGGCGCUCCUCCACCCCAGCGUGUCAAAAUGGUGGACGCGGGAACCCAAUACUCCCCGCCGGAGCCCAAGGCGCCCUCGCCACGGAGCACGCAUGUUCCCACGCCCACGAUAGCAGACUUGCAACUCUCAGAAAAGGAAGAACUGAAGUCUCGAGCCUCAGGCCGGGAUCGAGCCGCUGCACAAUGGCCCGCUGCGACUCGUCCACCAGACCCUGCCUCUCUCCCCAAACCAAGCGGCACGCCCGCGCAAGGCGCACUGUCCCAGGGCAAGCGGUCCGCCGAGGGGCCUGCUGCUCAAAGCCCUCCUGCCACUGCCAACGGUGAUGUGCCGGCCCCCACGGACUCUCAUUCACCGGUGAAGAAACACCGCCCCGAUGCCCCUCCAGCACGGAUGAUGCCUCUUCUCUACGAGAACUGCAACACGCGCGAUCUUGUCGUCCUGAUAUCGUCGAUGCUGAUGGAAUUGAUCCGGUACAACGACGCCAUCCCCUUGCGCGACGGACAACUCACGCGGUUCCACUCACGCGCGCCGCCAGGCAUCUCCGUCCUGGACUACCUCCAGCGUCUGACGACACACGCGACGCUAUCUCCUCCCAUCUUGCUCAGCGUGGUGUACUACAUCGACCGGCUGUGUGCCUUGUACCCGGCGUUCACGAUCAGCAGUCUGACGGUGCAUCGGUUCCUCAUCACAAGCGCCACGGUGGCGAGCAAAGGGCUGAGUGAUUCGUUCUGGACCAACAAGACGUAUGCGCGGGUGGGCGGAGUGAGCAUGAAAGAGUUGGCCCUGCUGGAACUGGAGUUUCUCACUAGAAUGGAAUGGCGCAUCGUACCCAAGCCCGAGGUCUUGGUGGAUUAUUACAAGUCGUUAAUCGAAAGGAGCGACCAGUAUCAAUUAGAGGAAGAACGAGAUUGA